GCUUUCGGAGCCACGCAAGCGGGAGGAUGUCAAGCACAGCUCCAUCAAAGAAGCCUUACCGCAAGGCACCUCCACAGCAUCGUGAGAUCCGCCAUGAGGUACCCAUCAUUCGAGAUGACCAGGAUGGAGAACCCUUGACGGAUGCAGAAAGGAUGAAGCUACUGCAACAUGAAAAUGAAGAGCUUCGACGUCGACUGACAUAUGUGACUAACAAAAUGGAGGCAAUGGAGAGGGAGCUGGAAUCAGGUCAGGACUAUUUGGAGAUGGAGCUGGGCCAGAACCGUGAGGAGCUGGAGAAAUUCAAGGACAAAUUCCGUAGAUUGCAGAACAGCUACACUGCUUCCCAGAGAACCAACCAAGACCUGGAGGAGAAGCUGCAUGCCCUGGCCUCUCUCAGCCAAAGCUGGAUUUUUGCAAUUAAAAAGGCAGAGAUGGACCGCAAGACGCUGGACUGGGAAAUUGUAGAGCUCACUAAUAAAUUGCUUGAUGCCAAAACCACCAUCAAUAAGCUGGAAGAACUCAAUGAACGUUAUCGACAGGAUUGUAACCUUGCAGUACAGCUUCUCAAAUGUAACAAGUCCCACUUCAGGAACCACAAGUUUGCUGAUCUUCCCUAUGAGCUGCAGGACAUGGUCAAUAAGCAUUUGCAUAACACUCAGGAGUCUGCAGGCCCUGGUCAAGAGGCGACCCACACCUUGGCUCCAUCUGAUGUUGUGCCCACCUCAGUCAUUGCCAGAGUCUUGGAGAAACCAGAAUCUCUGGUUCUGAAUUCAGCCAAGUCUAGCAGCGGCAGCUGUCCCAUGGCUGAGGAUGUCUUUGUGCAUGUGGACAUGAGUGGAGCCCCUCCUGAUGCCUGCAGCAGCACAGGGAAGAUGGGGAAGGAGGGAGGAGAUGUGGGGAAACAGCAGAAUGGUGGCUGCAAACCGCAGAGCAGUGUGGAAAUUGUGCCAGAGGAGGUGCCUGCCUUUGAGAAGCUAAGCCCAUACCCUACACCCUCGCCUCCCCAUCCUAUGUACCCUGGGCGCAAAGUGAUUGAGUUUUCUGAGGACAAGGUAAGGAUCCCAAAGAACAGCCCCCUGCCCAACUGUACAUAUGCUACACGCCAGGCCAUCUCCCUCAGCCUGGUACAGAGUGAAGAUGAGAGCUGCGACAGGCAUCGGACGCUCCCCAUACCCAGAGCUCAUGGCUCUUGCCAGAGCAGCCCGUUCAGCAGCCCUCCCCAGAUCCCGAGCGCCUUUGCCAGCUCUGCCAGCUCUGAGGAGGACCUGCUGGCCAACUGGCAGCGUAUGUUUGUGGACAAGGCACCCCCCACCUCAGAGCAGGUGCUGAUGAACCGCACGGCUUUCGGCCGUGACACGGCCCCUGAGCUCCAGAAGAGAUUCAGCCGCUCCAUGCAGGAGCUGGGUAGGACAGCCUCGGCAUACUCAGAUGGUGAGGAGAGCUGCAGCUGGACUGUGAGCCGGGACUCAAGCGUGGACACAGACAGCACUGAGUCCAGAGCCCGUAGGAGCCAUUUUUCCUCGGACUAUGGCACAGAUUUCUCACAGGAUGAAGCCCAGAAGCUGUUGCAGGAAAGUGGUGGAGGCACUGCUGAGCCUGGAAGCCCCUCACCAGAGAAGCAAAAGGACUGUGUGGACCGUGAUUUGCCUGAGAGCCCAGCUGAAGAGAAAGAAAUGCUGCUGCAGGGAAGCAAGGAGAACAACCAGGAGGAAAGUGAAAGCAGGGUCAAGCCUCCCUUCAGUCGGCCACACCGCAGUCCCAAGAGGAUGGGGGUCCACCACUUACAUCGCAAGGACAGUCUGACGCAAGCCCAGGAGCAGGGCAACCUUCUCAGCUGAGGCAGGGCAAGAAGCAGCCACAUGCUGCAGAGUUGUGGGAUGUCUGCAUCUGUCCAUCUUCUGAGAGGGAAACUUUCCUUAGUACCCUCCUCUCUUGGAGGCUCAGCUCUGAAAUUUCAUAUUUAUUUUCUUCUUUUGCUACCUAGAAGAGCUGGGGUUUCCCUUCCCCAGCACCUCAGUCCCACAUUACUAGCACACAAUAAUGUGCAGAAGCACAUCCACUGCCCUGGCACACUCACAGCUCUCUUCACAGCCUCACACUGGUGCCUGUACCAGAGCUUGUUCUUGGUACCCCUUGUCCUGGUGCCUGUAACUCUUUAGGCUUGCAUCUUCCUUCCUCUUUCCCAUUCAGGUACCUGAGGCCCUGGGUGCUCUCAUGCUGGCUGCCUGCAGCUGCUCUGCUGUCUUUUAACUUGUGCCAACAGGGCAGAGUGACUGUGUGAUGGUGUCUCUCAUUGCCUGGGAAUCCCCAGGGGCCAUCAGAGGGGCACAAGGACUGUCCUAGCGGAUGGCUGUGUGCUCCUGGGGAUGUGUUG